GGGCCAGCGAGGGGAGCUGCAGGGUAACUUUUCCCAGGGAAAGCGGCCAGUCGUCCCCACUAGAAGCCUCCCUGCCUUUUGUUUGUUUUCCUGCUGGAGGCUGGAGAGCGGCCGGGUUCCUGCUGCUCUACCAUGCGCUGCGCGGCCGGUGCGACUCGCCGGACCUCCCGGGCGUCCCUGCACGGACGCCUCGGCUUCUCCUAGCAGGGAUCGUCCCCAUUCCCCGUUCCCGAGCGGGCUGCUGCGCCCCACUUGCCGAGGAGCUGCGCUCACCGCAGGAGCGGGCCCCCGCCUGUGUUCACCUCGCCAGCAGAAGACUGAGCUUUGAAAAUAUGUCUUCGGGCGACAGUCCCGUUCUAUUGACUACCUUGUGCUGGUGCUGCCACAGAAAAAUCUGGUUACACUCCGGGGAGGCCUGCGGCUGCUGCAGGACUGAACCACCUCAGCCCUGAGAUGAGUGUCCGGCCUGCGCGGGCACACCAUGAAUAGAUACACAACGAUCAAGCAACUAGGGGAUGGAACCUACGGUUCCGUCCUACUGGGAAGAAGCAUUGAGUCGGGGGAACUGAUUGCUAUUAAAAAAAUGAAAAGAAAGUUUUAUUCCUGGGAGGAAUGCAUGAACCUUCGGGAAGUUAAGUCUUUAAAGAAACUCAACCAUGCCAAUGUAGUAAAAUUAAAAGAAGUUAUCAGGGAAAAUGAUCAUCUUUAUUUUAUCUUCGAGUACAUGAAGGAAAAUCUUUACCAGCUCAUUAAAGAAAGAAAUAGGUUGUUUCCGGAGUCUGCUAUAAGGAAUAUCAUGUACCAGAUAUUGCAAGGACUUGCAUUUAUUCACAAACACGGAUUCUUCCAUCGGGACUUAAAGCCGGAGAACCUUCUCUGCAUGGGACCAGAACUUGUGAAAAUUGCAGACUUUGGGCUGGCCCGAGAAAUCCGAUCAAGACCUCCAUACACCGACUAUGUAUCCACCAGAUGGUACAGGGCUCCCGAGGUGCUGCUGAGGUCCACGCACUACAGCUCCCCCAUUGACGUGUGGGCCGUGGGCUGUAUCAUGGCCGAAGUGUACACCCUCCGGCCGCUCUUCCCUGGGGCCAGUGAAAUUGACACAAUCUUCAAAAUUUGCCAAGUGCUGGGGACACCGAAAAAGACCGACUGGCCUGAAGGCUACCAACUUUCAAACGCAAUGAGCUUCCGCUGGCCCCAGUGUGUACCCAAUAACCUGAAGACCCUGAUUCCAAAUGCCAGCAGCGAAGCAAUUCAACUCCUGAGAGACAUGCUUCAGUGGGAUCCCAAGAAACGGCCAACAGCUAGUCAGGCACUUCGAUAUCCUUACUUCCAGAUUGGGCACCCACUCGGCAGCACCACACAGAGCCUUCCGGAUUCCGGAAAACCCCAGAAGGACGGCUUGGAGAAGGCAGGCCCACCUCCCCACAUUAAGCCAGUCCCUCCGGCCCAGCCCCCAACCAAACCACACACACGGAUUUCUUCGAGACCACAUCAAGCCAGCCAGCCCCCUCAGCAUCUCAUGAACCCCUACAAAGCUGAGGCUUCCAGGACAGAUCACCAGAGCCAUCUUCCCGAGGACAAGCCAAGCUCAUUGCUCUUCCCGUCGCUCCAUGCCAAGAAUCCUCAGGCGAAAAUCCUAGCUGGCCUGGAGCACAAAAACGGUGAGAUCAAGCCCAAGAGUAGGAGGAGGUGGGGUCUCGUUUCCAGGUCAACAAAGGAUUCCAACGAUUGGGCUGACGUGGACGACUUGGAAUUCGGUCCAUCACUCACCAGGAUUGACCUGAAAAACAAGAAAAGACAGAGCGAUGAGACCCUCUGCAGAUUUGAAAGCGUGUUGGACCUGAAGCCCUCUGAGCCCGUGGGGACCGGAAAUAGCGCCCCCACCCAGUCUUCAUAUCAGAGGCGAGACACGCCGACCCUGAGAUCCGCGGCCAAGCAGCACUAUUUGAAGCAUUCCCGAUACUUGCCUGGAAUAAACAUAAGAAAUGGGAUACUCCCGACGCCAGGCAAGGAUUUUAUUCCAUCUAACCCAUGGUCUAGUUCUGGUUUGUCUGGGAAAUCUUCAGGAACAGUGUCAGUAAUCAGCAAAAUAAAUUCAGUUGGUUCCGGCUCUACAAGUUCUAGUGGGCUGGCUGGAAGCUAUAUCUCUUCCUUGCUGAAAAAAGAACUUGAUUCUGCUAUGCAGAGGGUACACUUGGCACCUAUUCCAGACCCUUCCCCUGGUUAUUCUUCCCUGAAGGCUGUGAGACCUCACCCUGGGCGACCUUUUUUCCACACCCAGCCGAGAAGCACUCCUGGGUUGAUCCCACGGCCUCCAGCCGCCCAGCCAGUGCACGGCCGGACAGACUGGGCUGCUAAGUACGCAUCUCGGCGGUGAUGGUCAUGAAGCCCUUUGUGUCCCCCAGCCAGCUGGUGUUCUACCUGUGAGACACUUUCGGAUGGUGUGAAAGCAAACACUUUAUAGUUAUUCUUCUGAUCUAAGACAUUUCAAUAUUCUUUUUUAAAGUUUUUUUUUCAAAAUAUUGGUUUGAAUGUAAUACCCUGUUUUUGUACAAAAUUAUUUUAUUCUAAAACUGGGUCCCAUUAUUUUCUUAAACUGCAGCAUUUUGUAUAUAUGGAUUAUGUUUUAGCAUUUUAUACAGUCAACUUUGUAACAAACUUUUUAAAGAUUAAUUGAUUUUCUUUCGGGGUUCCAGAUAAUAUUUUAUACAGAUUUUUAAAAAUGUAAUAAUAUUGACGCAGUAUUGCAACAGGGGUGCAAUUUAAGGCUACAUGAUAAAGGGUUAUUUACUCUGUGUGUGCGGAUAUUUGUGAAGUGGUUAAAUUUUAAAUGUGGCGCAUUAAGCACCUUGGGCUUUCUUGGACUUUCGUGACAUUUCUCAAUGUCACGUUAUUGGUUUGAUUUUUUUGAUACCAUUGUGCCAUUCUAGAAGUACUGUUAUGUAAUUCACUUUGUUUAGUUUUUGUUCCCCAGGUGACAGAACUCUAAGUAAAUAAUUUUUGAAAUUUUACAACAUCCUUCAUCAUGGUUGGAGCUAUCCAAAUGAAACCAGGCUUCAUCAUGCUAUGCCAUUGCAUUCUAUUUCUUCCAUAUUUGAAAUCAGAUUGUAUAAGGACUCAGAAAAGGGAAGCUUUUCAAGCCACAAAAGUCUCCGCAUGAAGGUUCAUAUAGUCAAUUAAACUGAUAUCCCUGCCAAAAUGCGUGACCAAAAAGUGAAGUUUCAAAGCAGCAGAUUUUUUUUUUUAUCAUAAUAACUGAUAGAAUUUACAUUCAGCUCAGUUGUCCAGGCGAGGAACAGACAGUGAAUAAUCUUCUGUCACAGCCAAAAUCUCAGGGCAGUUUGGGGAGCAGAAAAGAUUUAUGGCAGAAGUUCCACUUACCCAGGAAGUCAAAGUUAGCAUGAGGUUAGUGUCAUAGUGUGCCACAUUUAAACUCUUAACCCUUGUGUAGUUUCUUUCAACAGUGAGAACUCUAUUUGUUGGCCACGGCUGUUCCAUUGAGAGGAAUGUUUACAGCAGUUUUGAAAAUGACAAAGCCAGUUUGGAGACAGAAAAAGACAAAAGGUCCACUCUCAUCCACCUCUGUAGGGCACAUGUGCCUCCACUCAUGGUUACCUGAAAGGCAAGAGGAAAGGUCACCAGCAGAGAACAUGAUAUAAUUUCAAUAGUGUGUUGACUCAUUCUCCCAGGGCUCAAGCUACUCUCAUUUGGUUCCCGGUUCCAGGAUAUAGGUAGUUGAAUCAUAUGAAAUUGACAUUUUCGUAGGUUAAAAUGAAUAUGGGCACUUUGAUGUGGUUCCACUUACCAUUACCAAGUUGGCAAAUUAUUACUUCGAUGUCCUAUUAAUACAUUGUAGCCCGAAACAAUUACCAUAAGAGCCCUAACCUAAAGCAGGGAGUAAUUUCUGUUUUGGAGAAUCUGAUUCAAACAUGUACUUGACCAAGCGCUGUGAUCACUAGGGGCAGGAGAAAAGCACAUAAUGGAUGUGGGUUUGAUAGUUAAUAUUUUCCCGUUAACAAACUGGCAGCAGAGCUUCAGAAAAUAAAUAUGUAUGUGUAAGCACAACUUGAAGCUGAAUUCAUUUCUGUAUUAUAUUCUCAACUCAUUACCUAAAGCAACAGAAAAUGUGUUUUCAGAGAUGAGUCCUUUACUGAGGUUAAUAUUUAUUUUCCCUUUCUGUAUUAUGUAUACAACGUAAGUUAAUCUGUACCUUUACCCAGCUUGCCUGGAAAGCUGGGUUUCAAUUGUAAAUACCCCUUAGAGAAGCAUAUGGAUUGUGAAUACCAUAUUCUUGACACUCUAGCUUAUGUUAAAAUCAUUACACGUUUUAAAAUUGAAAAACCUGGUUACCUGCUUAUUACACAAUAUAAAGUGGUUUUUCUAAUACUUUCAUAGGGCCCAAAUUCAGAAAAUAUUUCACUUUUCUUUCUCUUUUGUUUUCCUUUGUUUAUCAGCAAACAACUUCCCUAGGGAAGCUAAACGUGUUUAUUCAUAUGAAAGUCAAGAAGCUGAUGUGCAGUUGAGAAACCUAGAAGACUGAAAAAUAAACAAUGUAAAUUCUAAAGAACUAGCAAAAUCCUAUAAAGCACUCGUUUUUUCUCCCCGAAAUGGGUAAAGGACAAUUUGUAUAUACAAACUGUUUACUAUAGAAGGGAAUAGUGACCAUUUUUGGUUAAGUGAAAAUAAAGUGCUACCUGUCAUAUGUAUUUUUUAGUUACUGUAGAAUUAUUAAACGAACUGCAAGACACCACAAUGAAUGAUGAGUUUAAUUGUACCUCCAUGACUAUACCUCAUUUCCAAUCAGAAAGCUUUCUGGGACAUCAGGAAACGGUACAGGAAUGGCUCUCAUUCUGUGCCCAAAGGUUCAGUGAUGGGGAUACAUGGAAACUGCAAGGCAACUGCACGGGCACAAAAACCACUGUUGGUGUGAUUGCUCAUUUUACAAUAAAAAUCACAUGAAUUUCUAAGCCCUCACCCAGCUCGCAUAUGGUAGGAUUUAAAUAAGAAGAAAAUUGAUUUUCAGACAAUUUUUUUAGACGUAGCUCUUGCCAAAAGGACUAUAUACACUUAAUAAAUUGACGCUCUGUCAUCUUCUGGAGUUAUCAGAAAUUGAAUAUAAUCAAAGCAACACAUGUAAAACAAAACCAUUCUUGUUUUGUCAAGAAUUGUUUUAAGUACAACUACCAGUACUGUUGGAGUUCAUGGGCACCAUCUUU